AUCAGCAAUGACUGUCAUGAAACUGAUUCAAUACUGUAGUCUUGGUAAUACAAGAUAUUAUGAUUCAGUUAUGGAUCAUUAUAAGGACAAAAACAUUGAGAAUACACUCAAACUGCUUAUCAGAGCAAAACAGCUUUGAGCUAUUGAAGAUAUACUUAUAAAAUUACUAAAAGCCAUUCAUCGGAGAGAAGAGAUAUCUUCCAAAAUAACUGCCAUUCUGAAAUGUAAUGAUGAAGAAAAAGUAGACCUUAACAUUAAAAGGUAUCUUUUUAGGAUAAUCUAUAAGUUGAUUACCUCAGAAUCAACGUUUCUAUUCAAGCUUACUCACAACAUCCUCAAGUGGAUCAAGGAGUUAUCCCAAGAGUCUAAACUAUUUGAGAAGAUCCCAUUUGUGUUCAAUAAUACCGUAUAUGACAAACAUGUAAAGAAUGAAGUUAUUGCAAUCAAGCGAAUCAUCAGUCUUAAAUAA